CGUGGCUGACGUCGAUUGGUGGCUCGACGAGGGUGGAGACUGCGCCAUGUUCGGGGGUCGCAUCUUCGUCGUUCUCGCAUGUAUUCAUGUAAUACACAGUAGCCGCACGUUGACAGUCUGUCAGCCAUAAGCAAUACAGAACCGAUGAUAGAAUGGAGUAGCGAGAUCCGGUAAGAUAGUGGCACUUUCACCAUGUCCACGAAAUCCAAGGAGAAAGUGGUGGCCGCCAUUCGGAAGCUUUUUCGGUCUUCCGAUAAGAUAACCGAACCGGAGGGAGCCAGCAGCUCAACCAAUUCGCCAUCGAGGAGACUCUUAAAUCGCCACCACCGUCCAGAUGCCGUCACUCCAGUGGACGGACCGAUAUUAGAAAAUCCAGAUUCCACUCAUGCAGAUUCUACUCAUCGUAGUUGUUUCUUCAAGGCAAAGAAGACCGCAAAGGACAACAAUGAAUGUAAAGCUCCUUGCGACAAGGACAUCGGUCUGCGUCGAUUAAUGAAGGAGUUUAACAGGAUCCAAAGAGCGCAGCGGAACGAUUCUGCCUUUACCGUGGAGCUCGUCAACGAUAAUGUUUUCGAGUGGUUUGUUCGAUUGCACAAAAUUGACCCGGACAGUAAGCUGGCGGCCGAUAUGCGCGAGCUGAAGAUACCUCACAUAUUGCUGCACGUGAUUUUUCCAAAGGAAUUUCCAUUUGCACCGCCUUUUAUGAGAGUAAUUUCACCGAGGAUUGAUCAAGGCUUCGUGAUGCAUGGCGGUGCUAUUUGCAUGGAGCUGUUGACGCCGAGAGGAUGGUGUUGCGCGUAUAGCGUCGAGUCAAUGAUUAUGCAGUUUGCAGCCAGUGUUGUAAAGGGGCAGGCACAAGUGGCGAGGGUGCCAAAACCGAACAAAGAGUACAAUCGGCAAUUGGCUGAGGAGACAUUCAAGAAUCUGGUAAGAACGCAUGAGAAGUAUGGCUGGGUGACGCCGCCGCUCGCUGAAGGCUGAAGGCCACAGAAUAUUUCAUUUCGUAGAAAGCCGAAAGAGAUCUGCGUUUCUUGUUUAAGAAGAGGCGAAUAAACCGACGUGAUUUUUUUCCGAUUUUUUCGGAAAAUAGUUUCUUUGUUGCGUUAGGAAAACCAAAGAAUAAUUUUAUUGUUGCCUAAUUGCAGCAAAAUGCGCAAACAGAUGUAGCAAAAAAAAAGCAUCGAACUUGCCAGGUGAAUAAAGUCGCGCAUGAUUUUUUAAAUCAUUUUUUAAUUUUUGUAAUGAAAAAAAAAUUCCUACAUAUUUUAUAUGAAAGAGGGUUUCAAGAUCUUUACAAAUUUUUUAUUUUUCAUGUAAUUAUUCUCUCUUUUGCGAGAAGAAACGAGUUGUGAAUACAAGAGUGCUAACUUUGAUUAUGUUGUGUUAUAUCAAAAAUGUAAUUUUUAAAAAUUCAUUGCAUGUUAAAGGACGUUUCUUUAAAGAUCUUGAAAUUUUCUUUUCAAGUCCCUAUACGUUUAUAUUAUUAUGCCAAAUUAGUUAUUAAGAUAAAUAUUGAAUUGUUCCUCGAAUUGGCAAAUGUUUGCAAGAUUUAUCCGUUAAAUAUCGGAAGCUCAUAACAGAAUAUUCUGUUUUAUUAACUUCAAUAAAUAAAUAAAGAAAAGAAGUUGCUCAAUAACGCGGACUGAACUAUUACUGUUAAAUAAUCGAAGAAUCGAUGGAAUAUGUAAACAUGAACAACGAAAAUUAUGAUUAGAUAGAAUAAUUCGUUUCUUCAUUUUUCAAAGUUUAGUUUAUUAAUCUUUUAAGAAGAAAAAUAUUUGCAGCCAUGUUCUUCCGUGGAAAUGGAAAUCUUGAUUAUGAGCUUCUACAAUAAUUUACUUUUUUUCAGAUGCAACAACAUACUAUUUAUUAUGUAUAAACAAUUUUCUAUACGUUUUUCAAUCGACUGUUUGCAAAAGUGUUUGUACAUACAAUUGUUAUGUUGGACAUAUACUUGUAUGUGCCAAAUAAAUACACAAAAUUCGAAGUAUUAAUGUAUCUUUACAAAACUUUGCAAAACUUCAGAUGAACAUUUAAUCGCGAAGGUUCGCGCGACUCUAGAUGCUACAUCUCAUCAUGAAUAAACGUAUCACAAAGCGUAUCUAGAUUAAUAAAAGACCCAGUUAAUUAUUUAAAUGGUUGACUUUAAUAUAUCGCUGAGAAAUAAUAUCUGUACAAGAUUUUCAAAGGUAAAGAUGCGCGCAGGUGUGUGUGAGAGACAAAAGUUAUAUAUAAAUAAAAUAUUUACAA